AGCCGACUCUCCGCCGCCCGGAGCUCAUCUCCACACCGCCGAAUCACAUCUUUCACCGGGAGACUGACCGAAGUGUCGCUCUAAAACUUUGAUUCUCUCUCUUGUUUUUUAAAUCUUUAAGCGGAUGUAGAGCUGACAUGAAGAUCUUCAACAGAUGUUGGAUGGAUUCACUUUUUUUUUUUGGUGCGUAAAACUUGGCCAAGUAGGUUAGUGGGCGAACCGGAGGACUGACAAGUUUUUUGGAAAUACUGUGCGUGUUUGAGCGCGCGCGUGUGUGUGUUUGAGUGUGUGUGAGAGAGAGAGAGAGGAAAGUUGCUGAAAGCUCGGAGAGUGUUUGAUCCAAUGCGUCCGGAGCGGCCGGUUGCACAGCAGGAACACCGGAGAAAGACAGAGAGACAGCGGGGGACAGCUGAGCUCAGCGGGGUCUGCACGGACUCACCGGCUGCUGGACGUACAUGUCUCCGCUCCACACCGGAACCGAGGUUUCUACUUCCUGUGACAUCAUCGCACCAUGCCUGAGGGGUCACGGCGUGGCAGCCAGAGAUCGCCUAGCAACACAGCCGCCAAGCGUCCCUCCUCAGUCUCGUCUCUGAGUGGGAUUGUGGGUAGGAUGAUGUCGUCCGGCGAGCGAGGAGCCUCGUCCUCCUCCUGCACCUCCGUCAACACCGUCUGCUCGGAUGGGGAGCGUCCCGCCUCCCUCUCCCUCUCCUCCUCUGCAUCCUCAGUCUCCCUGCAAGACACUUCCCACUCCUCUUCCUCCUCCUCCUCUUCCUCUCUGCCGUACGGCGCCGUGCCGACCUACAACGCCUCUUUGUCGUCGUCCUCCACACCGAAGAGGAAUGGCUCGGACAUCAGCCUGGACCUCACUCCCCUCGUCACGCCACACGGAGGGGGAGUUCCUGGAGGAGGUGGGGUCUGUGUCGCCAAGGCAACAGCUGGAGGUCACCCCCCUACUGAAGAUGUAGCCAAUCCGGUGGCGGCGGUGGCGGCAGCGGCCACGCCCAGACAGCUUUCCCGGCUGGAGCGAGUCGUUCUGGAGAUCGUGGAGACCGAACAAGCCUACGUCAGAGAUCUGAAGAGCAUCGUGGAGGAUUAUCUCGGCUGCAUCAUCGACUGCGGCGCUCUGCCGCUGAAGCCGGAGCAGGUCAGCACUCUGUUCUGCAACAUAGAGGACAUCUACGAGUUCAACAGUGAUCUCCUGGAGGAUUUAGAGAGGAGCUCUCACGCAGCAGCCAUCGCAGAGUGCUUUGUAGAAAGGAGUGAAGCCUUUGACAUCUACACACUCUACUGCAUGAACUACCCCAACUCAGUGGCAGUGCUGAGGGAGUGCAUGAAAACCAAAAGUCUGGUUAGUUUCUUCCAGGAGAGACAGACGACUCUGAACCAUUCUUUACCUUUGGAGACAUACUUGCUCAAACCAGUGCAGAGGAUCCUCAAAUACCACCUGCUACUACAGGAACUUUCUAAGCACUUUGACAAGAGCGACCCUGGAUAUGAGGUCAUUGAGGACGCCAUCAUCACCAUGACAGCAGUGGCCUGGUACAUCAAUGACAUGAAGAGGAAACAGGAACACGCAGUACGACUACAGGAAAUUGAGUCCCUGCUGGUGAACUGGAGCGGCCCAGACCUCAGCGGGUUUGGAGAGCUGGUUCUGGAAGGGUCCUUCAAGGUCCACAGAGUGAAGAAGGAGAGAGCUUUCUUCCUGUUUGAUAAGAUGCUGCUGAUCGCCAAGAAGAGGCUGGAACAGUUCGUCUACAGCACGCAUAUAUUUUGUUGUAAUCUGCUGCUGGUAGAGACUGUGAAGGACCCUCUGUGUUUCAAAGUGUCGGAUCAGACGAUUCCCAAGCAGCAGCACACCGUCCAGACAAAGAACCAGGAGGAGAAGAGACUUUGGGUGCACUACCUCAAGAGGCUGAUCGUAGAAAACCAUCCUGCUUCUCUCCCACAGAAGGCGAGGCAGGUCCUGGGAGACAACUUCUGUCAAUCUCCUCAGUUCGACCAGGACAACCUGAAGAAGUCCUCCGCAUCAUCGCGAUUAGACGAUAUCCACAGCUAUCACAGAGGAAGACGUCAAUCAGGUCAGGAGCCUCCAGAGCUGCUGAUGUACACACCUGAGAAGUCCAGGAAGAGUCUUCCCCUACUGCUGGAGGGAAACCUGCCGUACAGACGCACCAGGAGACAGUCAGCUCCAGCUAAAGACAUUGAAGCAGCGUUUCAUCCCAACGCCUUGAAGCAGGCGGGCAGUGAGGGCGAGCUGUGCCAGGCAGACAGUCUGGGCUCAGCAGGAAGCAGCAGCACGCUCGCAUCCUCCGUCAUCGAGGUGGAGGUCGAGAGGCCUGAGCCAGGCCUGAUGCCACAGCUGCAACCAAAUCAAGGAGAAGAGGAGGAAGAGGAAGAAGAGGAGUUGACCCCCCUCAGCCCUCCUCCCACCCUGUCCAUCACAGAAGAGAUCCUGGAGUUCAUCAACCAGAGCAGAGCCAGGGAGGGACUCACCGCCAUUCACACUGACACAAUGGAGCAGGUCCUGGAUCAGCCCAAAGAGAGUCAGCCUCCAUCUAACCAGAACAAUUUCACCUGCCCACUGCCCCCAGUCGUCUGCCCCUCCAGCCCAGAACAAAGACCCACAAAGCAACAGGAGCAGGAAAAAGCAGGGAUGGAUAAUGACAGCACCCUCCAAAGUCAGACCGGUGGCUUUGCAGAGGAAGAUGGACUUGAAAAUGAGACAACUACAAAUGAAGUCCAAGAAAUUCCAGAGGCAACAAGUCAAGUGGAAAAGGAAGUGGAGGCGGAUGGAGAGACACAAGGAGAAGUGGUAGAAAAAGAGAAAGAAGAGAAGAAAACAAGGGAUGAAGGAGAGGGAGAGAGUAUCAUCCCUGCCCCAACAUCAGAUCUUCAUCCCUCCAUCUCAGCAGAGGAAGAAAUAGAGAACAGCAGCAGUUGUCCCUUACCCAGGAAAGAGGCGAUAACUAAGGCCAACAUUUCCUCCCCAAAUCCAGAUCUCCUUCAUCACCCCAUCCAGAGACGCCAGCUGCCCACUAGAGGCUCCCACCUAACCAAACGUGACAAGAAGAUCAUCGAAAAGAUCAGGAGUUACUAUGAGGCAGCAGCCGAGGCUGAAGAGGAGGAGGAAGAGGAGGAAGAUGAACAGGGAGAAGGAGUGGCAUCAAGAAGGAGGAACAGUUUCUCACAAAUCCCAUCUGGCUUGGUAAAGGAUUCGGUAUCACGCUUUGAUGUGGGUGGACACCAGGGAGAGCCAGAGAGUGGACAAUCCAAGUGUGAAACAACUGAAGCAAUCGAUAGAGAGACUGAUCAAGAGACAGAGCCCUAUUCCCCCACUGGUCCCAUCUCUUUCCCUACUCCACGCUUAGCAGAUGCAGAGAAUGAUAAUCCAAUCAGCUCCCUGGAUUUUGAUGCAGAGGCCUCAAUCAAGUCAUCAACCUCUACCGUGAUGCAGGACAGGGAGACCCCAAACCAAGAUGGUCUGAAUCUGCAGUCGAACCCAAACUGGCCUGUUGGAGAAGAGGCUGAGAUACAGGACAAAAAUGGAAAGGUCUCCAAAGGACCAUUGGAGGAAGGACUGGAGGAAAGGCAAGAGGGGAAGACAAGUGUUGUGGCUACUGGGGAGCAAAGUGGAAAUUCACUGCAAGGAGAGGGACCAGCUAUUACCAAACAGUACAAAUGCAGAGAUGAAACAACCAAUACCAGUGUUGGAAACCAAGCUGUUAUGUAUGGGCAUGAACCUUACCAAGCAGGCCCAGCAGAACCAAAUGGAAACCACAAAGAACCCUCUACACCUCUGUCACCUACAGAACAAUAUCAAAAAACUGAAACCAAAACGCAGUCCUCUUUGACUAGAACCAAACACAGAGACUUGGCUAAGCCCUGCGGGAACCUCGAGGUUCUUCCCAGUCAGAUAAAAGUGGGUCGAUGGUCCCGCCACUCCAGAAUUGUCACUGCUAACCGGGCCUUGUUUGAGGCCAUGGGAUCGGACGUAGCCAGUAUUGGGUUAUUUGAGGCCAGCCCUGUGGUGGAUCCCAUGCUGAUGAAAAACUCAGAGCGUAUUCUGAGCAAGGUCCAAACAUUGGCCCGGAUGUAUAGUACCAAAGCCAGUACCAUGAAGGUCCCACUGCAUCAGAAACGUGCUAGCGCUGUACGGAACCCAUCAUGGGGCUCAGGUAGACUGUCUGAAUACUCAACUCAGACCCAAACUAAAAGCCAGACACAGGUUCAAUCUCAGACUCAAAUACAUACCCCAACUGAGUACCGGCAGCAAACACAUUACCAAAUGGAAAUCAAUCAAUCAAAUACCCACACAGAAACCAAAUAUGGAACCCAAACUCACUCAGAGGCCAAAGUUCCAAGCCAAACCAUAACACAAGCUAGGCAGCAAUCGCAGAUCCAAACUAAAAGCCAGAUGUGGAGUCAGACACAGACACAUAGCCAGAACCAGACCAAGACUUGCAGUCAGUACCAGACCCAAACCAUGAGCUGGGAGGACCAAACGAUCCAGGAGGAGAGGAUGAUAAAGAGAGCAGAGAGCCUGACAAAUGAUUUCGAGGAGACGGUGAUAGCCCCCUGUGAGCCUCUGCUGUUUGGUCAUGUGUUUGUCAAAGAGCAGCUAACCCUGGCCUGUCACCACCAGACAAAUGGAUUCACCCUCUCCAGGCCCAGGGACUUCAUCUCUGCCUUGACCAAAGAAAGAGACUCCAGUGUGGGCUGUAGAUCAGGUGACAACUCCCAGACUUCCACCACGCCUGGGGAAAAUCCAUUCACUUCUCUUAGAGAUCAGUCAUCCAGUCAGGCCCAGGCUAACAGCCACAACUCUGGGGACACAUCCACUGACACCUCCUUGGCUUCUGCAGCAUCCAGGCAUCACCUCAGAACACAACCUGAAGAUCAGAGCUCCAGUUUGUGCUGCUCUGCCAGUAACAGCCCCUUGACAUCAGCCAUGACCUUGGAUUGUACAGACACCGAGUUCAGGGACUACUGCUCUACCUCUUCCACAGGGACAGGCGAAGCCCUGAAUCAAAAUGAGGAGGUUUUUUCAGAUACUGAAGAGACCAAGAAAAGAGAGGGGUUAGAGCUGAGUGCUGGAUGCCCUGUUUACUCAGUCAGAGAAGACUCAACAUAUAUAAACAUCAUUACCCAGCCAGCACACACUGAGCCAAAUCUCUCUGCCCACAGAAUAUCACAGCAGAAUAUAUCAGCUGCACACUAUAUACAAGAUAAACAUGUACCAGAAUACAAAAUUACCACAGGACAUACUGACAACAAAGAUACGUUAACCAAAGAUGUGCAGAGUGUUCAUGCAGGGCCUGAAUACUUGGUUUGCACACGACCCAUAGAUGGAAAGGCAUCCCCAGCAGAGUUGGUACUGAUGGUAGUGUCUACACAGAGCCAGGCUCCAACAGAAUACCACAGAUCCACGUUGCCUCAACCAGGACUAGCUGGAGAGCAGGCCCAGAGGGAAACACUUUACCUGGGGGAGGGAGGCGCCACAACCCUGGGGGCCUCGGGAGGGCCAAAGAAAGAUGAGCGCCCAAGCGAGCAGAUGAAAUUAAAUGAGACGAAAAAUUAUCUAAAUGAUUCUUCAUCACAAACCAGGAUGAUUCUACAAGGUUCAACAGUGAUCUUUACAGAAGAGCCACCUUAUUACAGAUCCUCAGGAGAGCUGGUUGUUUCACCACCCCUGAGUCAGCUUUCCCACAUGACCUUUGACCCCUCACAGGUUUCUAGUCAUACAGUCACAGAAACCCCAGAGGUUCACAAAACAAGGGGACGGGCAGCACCGAGUCCAUUGUCAUCGGCUCAAAACUCAGAAUCAAAUCUUACCCAACCACCCCCUCCAUCGGUGCAGUCUACAGGCUUUCUACCAACAUUCACCAGCCAGAGGCCGCCAGCCCUACCCACUACAAUGGGUAAACGGGCUCAGUCUAACACCAGGAAUGUCAAUAACUCCUCUCCAUACGAACAUAGUUCCAGGCAAACAGACCAUCAGGGCUCACAAUCCUCCACCAGCCUGCCCCUUUCCAGCCUCCCUUCAGGCAGCUGCCCAUCUUCCAGACCCUCCUUGGAGACAUCCAGCCCGGUGGAGAGACCUAUAUCAGCCAUUGCCAUCCCAGGCCUGGACACAGACCUCACCACAUCCCCCUCAGCUUUCAGACCCAGCCUCAGACACCGCUCCCCUUCCCCCGUUAGAGCUCUCCCUUCCUCCUCCUCCUCUGUCCGAGCACCUCCUUGUUCCUCGCCAUUCAGGAUUGUUCCAUCAUCUUCUCCCACGCCUGUAUCUGCUGAGACAGAUACCUCCCUGAACACUGUCUCCGGGGCUCUUCCCUGUUUCUCUCCUACAACCUCUUCUGGGAAGGGUUCCUCGAUGCAAGCUCCCCCUGCCUCCUCUCCUACACCCUCCUCUGCUUUCACUCCCUCUUCUUCUUCUGGGAGAUCUUCAUCCAUAAGAGCAGGUCCUCGUUCCUCCCCUACGCCAUCUUCUUCUCUCCGCUCUCCUCCAUGUUCCUCCCCCAUUGCUUCUUCCUCUGCCUUUACCAGAUCUUUAGCUGCCUCCUGUAUUAGCCAGUCCAUCAGCCAGAGUAUGGCGAGAAAGAACACUACCCUGCAACAAACCCCACCCAUAAACACAAUAAACCAAAGCCCCUCAUCUCAUCUACGACGGCACUCCCCUUCACCUAAACUUCCUCCCAGUCAGCAGGGCUCCGGCACGCCUGCAAAUGCCCCGCUGGAGUGCACUAAAGAUGGGUACCAACAUCCAAGGUGUCCGCCAUCCUCCCCCUGGUCCAUUUGCCCUUCUGCCUCUCUUUCCCAACGCUCUCCUUCCCCGUCUAUUAGUCAUCAUCAGCCUCCCUGCUCUUCUUCCCCUUCCCCUCGUCCCUCAUUCCUUCACUCCAAAACUGACUCAUCACAGAAUGCAAAUAACAACAACAACAACAAUAACAUUAGCUUAGCUGGUAUAACCACAGUGAUCAGCAAUGUAAGUAAUACCAGCAGCUGUAGCAUUAACAGUGACAUCAGUAAUGGAGGUUGGUCAGUAAGUCCACAGAAAGCGCCACUAGCUAAUGGUAGCACUAAUGCCACAGUAAUGCAACAAACUCAUGAUCCUCUCUGGUUGGGGUCACACAACCGUGUAGCUCGGCCUUUUUCUGCAUCCGAACCCAGCUCACGAGCUCAGUCCCCAUCUCCCUCUCCAACCCCUGCCUCAUUUACUCGCCUCUGCUCCCCUCCUCCCCAACAUAAUUUCUCCUCCCCCAUGGCAAACAAACCUCCCCACCCCCGGAGCACACGGGUAGGAGUUGCAAGUUCCCAUAACCCACUAGGCCUCACUUUGGAGCUACCCAGGACCUCUUCAGCAAGUUCAGCAUUUGGACAGUCUUCCUUAUGCCUGAGCCCUCAGAUCCUCUCCCCACCUCCUAUUGGCGUGUCAGUGAAUGUUUGGACAAAUAAUGUUGCAGCACCUCAACCUAGAAACCCUAGAUAUGCUUCCUCCUCUCCCUCUCCUUCCUUUUCUUCCUCAUUAGGCUCACCAACACUGGAGAAUGCCAAUUUCCCCACUUCCUCUUCUUCUUUGGCCCCACUGCGUAGUUCCAGAGCAUCCUCCCCUUCUGCACCCUGUUCUCCUGCAUCCCAAACAACCUCUCAAACCCUCCAUAGGUCUUUCUCCUCCAACCUGGCAGACAGACCUCCUAGCCCAGCCCGGAGCAACUCUAGUGGACUACGCCGCUCUUGGGCAGACAGCAGCCGCAGGUCCCUUGGUUUUAGUGGUAGUGGCCGAGGGUCGUUUGACCAGCAGGAGUCCUGUCCAACCAGUCCAAGGAGUGGAUGGUCCUCGUACUGCAGUUCACCCUCCUGCCUCAGCCCUCGAGCUGGGCUUCAAUCCCCACUCUCACCUAGCAGGCUUACGCCAGGGAAGAGCACCCUUGGUGGGCAGCAUUUCACCAGCGUGCCCUGGCCAGAUGUACGAGAGCUUUCAAACAAAUAUAAUGGAACUGAUAGCCUCGAUACAAGUGCUACUUCCCCCAUCAUUACCUCCUCUCCUUUUCCUCUCUCCUCGCUCUCUCACACCCUACUCUCCUCUCCUGUUCCAUCGGAUAACCAGACAGAAUGGGGAGACCCAGAGCUAGAAGAGGGUAACUGUCGUAGCCAGCUGAUCUGUGCCUAUGUUGCCCGGCCUUCCUGUGAACAAAACCUCUCCUCAGGCAUGACCUCCCAUUCUCUUGCCCCCUACCAGCACCACAACUACCAAUCCCAAGUUAAACCACAGCCUCAGGUCCAAAUCACCAGCACAACACCUUCUGUACCCUCCAACCCUUCCCCCUUACCCUCAAGCUCAUCACCACUACCCUUUGCCCAUUCAUCUACCAAACAGGGGAACCAGAAAACCAGUUAUGCCACCACAGUCAACCUUCAGAUCGCUGGAAGUGGCAGAAUAACUACCUUCAGCACUGCUCAAGUUAGCCUGACCCAAACCCUGCAGGGUGGAGCCGGAGCUGGAGGACCAGGACAGGGGCAGAUGACAAGGAGAGUAAGCAUCAAUGGACUUUCACACCUUCCUUCCCCUCUUCCUCAGAACUGUAACAGGCUAUGAAAGAAAGACGGAAGUCUUUAUUUUAUGGCCCUACAAGACAAGAAGGGCCAAAAGAAAAAGUGACAGAAAGAAAAAAACCAUUAGAAAAGAUGCAAAGAUGUGUGAAUUCGCCCCUUACCGGCAAGACACAAAGUAAGCUUCAAAAGUUCUUCUGUCACUGAUUUUAAGACAUUCCCCUCAGCAUGAUGGGAUGCGUUUGGGGUCAGAUGUAAUGCAGACUGCAAACUGAAUCUUGGUGGCUUCUGGAAAAGCUUUAUCCCUGAGCAUUAAACAGAUGACCUUUCAAGAAUGGAAAUUCUACCUGCACAUGGCUCAUAUUUUUCGAUCUGGGAUAAUGACUUUGAAUGGAUGCUAAUGGAAUUGCUUUAAAGACCUUAAUAUUGUAAAAAGUAAACAAAUAUGUUGCCAUCAAUGGAAAUGAAUCACUUAACUGUGAUUUUGCUGGAUGAGCACCCAAAACCCUGAAUGUCCACAGAUUCAUGUGAUGAAUUUGUAGAGGUGGCAAUCUGAAGAUCGGAUUACACUCUGGGUCUUACACUUUAACCACUCUGAAGUCUUUUCUUUGCUCAGUUCACUUUCUGAAUGGUUCUAGACUCAUUAUGUGGAUGUGAUGACUUUUUCAAGGAACAAUUAAUUUUAGACACUUUUGUAAUAGAUGGUUAAAUAUGUAACUUUUAGCAUUUGAGCUGGAGUACAUCCAUUCUUGCUAAACCUGCUAACACAGACGUGUUGAAGGUCCAGUGUCCAACCAGUUCUGUAUGCAAUCACAAUUACUUAAUGUAUUAUUUUUGUUAUGUUUGUUUUGUCUCAAUUUUUUUGUUUAUAUUCUGUUGAACAAACAUUAAUCUCUGGCUAUCUGAGGCCAGUGAUUAAGGUUGGUGAAAACUGUGGUUAUUAAUAAUCGAUCUUUUUAACCAUUUUAUUAUUCUUUUUUAUUGUAUUGUUUAUUUAUGAAGUUAUUCUUAUUCUCUUUGGCACUUAUUAUCCUUAAAGUAAUGUUGGUAUUUUGCACAGUGUCAUCAGCGCUUGGGUGCAUGCAUCGUGUGUGUGUGUGUGUGUGUGUGUGUGUGUGUGUUCGUGUGUGUGUGUCUGAAAUGACGUGUCUGGGAAGUUCUCUUUAAAAUUCAGACCAAGCCAAUAUCUGUGUGUUUUUUGUGCUGUGUUUGUUCCCGUAUUGAUGUACUCAGUUGGUUCAUUGACUUUACACUGUCUCCUGUUGUCAGUGUUCUUCAGAAACCUUGUAUCUUGAGCUUCACUGGGUAUUCAAAAGUUGUAACAGGAAGUCAAUCAGGUGGAAAAUGCUGUAUGACAUCUGCAUAAUACGAAAGGUUGUACUUCAUAGUAGUUUUGGCAACAUACAGGUAACGUAUCGAGUCCAUCAUAUGUUAGCAGUGGAUGAUUACCCUAAUGCAUAAGGCUUACAAUGUAAAAUUUUUAAGCAGAUCAGUUUACACUGAAUUUUCACCCAGAUUUAAUGCCCCUACAUAUUCAAAAAUCCUGUUUCCCAUUGAAAGAAAACACUGUUCAUGCUGUUUACAGUUCCUCUUGCAAUGAGCACAGCUCAGAAAUUGCUUCCAUUGACAGAAAGUGAAGAGAAAAAUGGAGAGGAAACACAAAUGAGUUACUGAUUAUACACCAAAAUCUGUCAAAUAAUUAAAAAAAUUUAACUAGUUUAAAUUGAAAAUGUUUUUUAUUACAAUGUUAUGGAUUAUUUAAAGUCUGUUUUUCUCGCAUUUUUUAAUUCACUAUUCGCUGAACACCUUCCUUAAAAAACAAAACAAAAAUAAUAAAGUUGUAAAAGUCGAGGCUGUAAAGUGUCACGAAACAUUUGGAGGUCAAAUAUAAAAAAUAACUUUAAGAGAUGUGUGGUAUCUGCAAGGCGCUGGUGACAAACUGGAGAGAACACGAUGUUUUGGGGAGCUGGUGAAAAGGGAAAUAUUAACUAAAUCUUCAUCCAGUAACCCUCGUAGAGUCAAUAAGAUGUAUGGAAAAUAAAAGGUGGUGCAAAAUCAAAA